AUGCGCAUUAGAUCGGUCUCAGGGGUCGUCGGUAACGUCUCCCGGAUUUGCGCUGUCUAAGCCUCCAAGGAGAUUUUGGGUGGGGGCUAUCUGAUCUAUAUACUUCGACUCCAUUGCAGCUAUAUACGAGAUAUAUUUAUUUCUAGGCUGCUCAUCUAUUGCUGUUCGUCUGUUCUACGCAGUAGAAGGUAGCUGUCCGACGACGAGGUUCAGCUUUUGUUUAAGGCUUACCUGCUCACUUUCGUUAACUCCGACCAAUACACUCACUUUUUCAUAUUUAUUCGCUCGACUGGUUCCAUCGCUUCUUUCUUUUCCCGACCUCCCGUUUUCAAAAUGAAGCCGGCAACUCUUGCCUUUCUUCUCGGCCCUGUGGGCAUUGUAGCCCGGCCCUGCGGCGGCCAUCGCCCUCAGUCGACAUCGUCUACAAUUUCUUCUUCGGCAUAUACUGCCACCACACUCACUGCUACAACCAUUAACUCUACUGCCACGCUUGUUAGUACUACGCCUGCUAGCCAGUCUACCAUUACAUCAUCCACCGCUUCGCUCACUUCCAUAUCGGCCCCGUCGGCGACUUCCUCCGUCACAACGCCGACUAGUCAACAGACUACCCAAUCCACCAGUUCUUCUGCCUUGCCGUCUUCCACUUCCGGCAGCAGUUCUUCAGACAGCAUCGAUCAGCUCUUCAAGGCGAAGGGCAAGCUGUAUUUUGGCACAGCCGCCGACUCAGGAACCUUGUCUAAGUCUCAGAAUGCUGCUAUCAUUAAGAAAGACUUUGGGCAGUUGACGCCGGAGAAUAGUAUGAAGUGGGAUGCCAUCGAGCCGACUCGUGGGGGCUUUAGCUUCGGCGGCGCCGACGCGCUUGUCGACUUCGCCGUCAAAAAUGGCCAGACCGUGCGUGGCCACACCUUGCUCUGGUAUCAGCAACUACCGGACUACGUCAAGGCCAUCACGGAUGCCAAGGAACUUACAAGCGUUCUCGAGAACCACAUUAGCACCGUCGUUGGAAGAUAUAAGGGUAAGAUUCGUGCUUGGGAUGUUGUAAACGAGAUUUUCAACGAAGAUGGAACUCUCCGUGACUGUGUCUUCACCCAGGUGCUGGGCGAGGAUUUUGUCCGCAUCGCAUUCGAGGCAGCACGUAAGGCGGACCCGGAUGCGAAACUUUACAUCAACGACUACCACCUCGAGAGCGGCACUUCGGCUAAAACCACAACCGGCAUGUUCGAUCACGUACAGAAGUGGCUUGCCGCCGGUAUCCCGAUCGACGGAAUCGGCCUCCAAGGGCACCUCGGAGGCGGCAAUCCCGAUGCUAGCGGCGAACAAGCCGGCCUGGAGAAGCUUGCCACGACCGGCGUUUCUGAACUAGCUAUUACCGAGCUAGAUAUAGUCAACGCUCCAGCCGAUCAAUAUGUAGCUGUUACCAACGCUUGCCUUGCUGUAGAGAAGUGUGUCGGAAUUACUGUAUGGGGUGUGAGCGACGCUAACUCCUGGCAAUCUCAGAGCACCCCUCUCCUCUUCGACGCCAGCUACCAACCUAAAGCAGCCUAUGCAGCUAUUGUCAAGGCUCUUUCGUAAACUCGGUACUUAUCUCUGAACAACCGACAAUUAAAACCCAUCCGCCACCUCUUAUGAUAGAGAUGAAUAUCUAGAGAGCUUACAUAGAUGACCAUAAUCGUAAUAAUUUAACAAUCCCUUAC